AUGUCAACAUCGCCCGAUUCAAUCACUGGCAAAGUUCAAGAAAUACUAUUCAGGUAUAGAGCAACGCCACUUGCUUGUGGUGAAUCACCGGCAGAAUUAUAUUUGGGACGCCGACUGCGAAUUAAACUUGACGCUCUGAAGCCUUACAAAGAUAAUACGUCAAAAAAAGUUCCGGAAAACUCUACAGUUACACAAUUACGCGUGGGAGAAAGAGUACAAGUAAGAUGGUGGUCCCGAGGAAAAGCCGAAUGGAAAUUUGGUUUCAUAACAAAAAGGUUGGGUCGCUUACACUACGAAGUCCGCCUUGAUUCUGGCUACACACUAAAAAGACAUAUUAACCAAAUCCGUAGUACAUAUGUAAAAAUACCCACAUCAAUCGAUUUGAAGAAGUCACAGAAAAAGAAGGUCACGUUUGCAGAUGAGAUGGACGCCCCGUCGACUAAAUUGGAUUUGGAUUUAAUUUAUAACAAUGAUCAGCUAAACGGAACACAGGAACCGGAUACAGCACCAAAAGACGUUCCAGCCGCCCUACCAGAGCUUGAAGACGACGAACCGGACAUUGUGGCAGAACCGGUAAUCCGCCAAACUGAACGAGUUCGACGACCCCAUCAUAUUUUAAAGACUACGUAA